AUUCACCCAAACCCCCAAAUUGAGAGUUUGACCUUUACAACAAAACCAAUUCAUAAUCAUAAGCGCGAACAUGAAAUUUUUAGGGGUUUCCAAUUGUCUGCGAUUGAAAACGCAAACAUGUCAACAAUGCCUGCAACAAAUUUGAUAAACAAGCUUUCACUAAAUCUUCACCCUCGCUUUGUUUCUCUUCCAUGGCUUAAAAGGAGUGUUAUUAGAUGCUUUUCACACAAGGCAGAUGGCCCAGAAUUACCAGUUAGAUACAUUCCUAAGAAACACCGAGUUGUGGAACAAGCAGGAUGCUCUUCUUCAGUGGACAAUGCUCCCAUACACAGGAUAUAUACCGAGUCUAGUUCGAGUAAUGGUAUACGUAGACAUAGAGUCAAUCAUCCUCGAGAAAGUAGAAUUGAUCAUGAGCCGUCGAAUGUAUCAUUUGUUGAAUCACAUGUUCCAGGGUUGAAUGAAUUCAACAAACCUGAUAAAAUAGCUGCGGGGAGUUUAGAAACGGAGUCUGUAAAAACCUUUGCUGUUGAGUAUAUGAAUGUGCCUGAUGAAGUUGUUCAGGAAUUACGAAUUUUUAAGAGAGAUGUUCGAGGUCAAGGGUGCAAAUUAAAUCAAGAGAACUACAACUAUAAUGGAGCAAUGGACUCUGAAUAUUUGGAAGGAUUUGAAGAAGAUAUUGAGGAACCAAUCGAAGGCCUUGAAGCAGAACAUAAUGAUGGGAUUGAUGAAAGCAAACAGAAAAGGUCAAAAAUCUGUAGGACUAAGCAAGACGUUGAGAAAAAGGCUGUUGAAUUACUAGCAAAAAGAGCAUAUACUGGAGUUGAGCUACGGAAGAAACUUGUUGCAAAGGAUUUUCAUGUUGAUGUUGUUGAGGCAGUAGUAAGUGAUUUCCAGAAUAGAGGGCUGAUUAAUGAUAGCCUGUAUGCGGAAAUUUUUUCCAAUUCUAGAUGGAAGUCUUCAAGUUGGGGCCCAAGGAGAAUCAAGCAAGCACUUGUGAAGAAGGGCGUCAGUGAAGGUGAUGUAAAAAAGGCAGUAAAACAGGUUUUUGAGGAUGGUGAGGAAUGUGAUCUUAGGUCGAGUACAAAGUUAUCAAACUCUACAUUACAGCAACUAUAUGUGCGGGCCUCCAAGCAAUGGCAACUGUCCCAGAAUGUACCCUAUGAGAAACGAAAGGCAAGGAUUAUAAGGUGGCUUCAAUAUCGUGGGUUUGAUUGGGCUGUUGUUAGCAUCAUCUUGAAAAAACUAGAAUCCAAUUAUUCUCCUUAGAACCUACCAUUGUUGCUCUCUUUUUCCUAGAUGCCCUCAGCAAAAGUUAGCCAUUUUUAUUUGCCUCCUAUAGACAUGAAUACUUCAUGUAAAAAUGUAUUGAAAUUAUAUUGCUUAUCUAAUACAUUCACAUUCACUUCACUAUGAAA